CAGAAUCGUCAACAAUAGAUUUUUUACGUCUGUAAUAGUUAUUACAAGUGUUGAGAAUUUCACGUGCUGUGGCUAUUUAUAGACACAAAGAGAGCCCGAGACUCGUCUGAAAUCAAUUAGAGUUACGUCACUGAAGCGUGCACAUUCAACGUGUCGAGUACAACUUUUAGAAGGGAAAAGAUUCGGCCACGGGGCACCCUACAUUUGUCAAAUGUUUAUAUGUGGCAAUGUGUAGAAUCCAUGCACAUGUGUUGUUCCCUUUAAUGUUAUACACAAAUCAAUUGGAAGACCUGUGAUAGCUCGACACGGUUAUGGGCUCGAUACAUUUACAUGUAGUUAACUGAAGAAUAUCAAACAGGAAUGAAGGUAUUUAACAUGUUCAAGAAGAAUUGCUGGUAUUUACUCUACGUUUUCGUGAUUUCUACCUUGACUGAGGAACUAAUCAGCGACGCAAACAGUGCUUGGCUAAAAUUUAAUUUAAUUAACGCUGAUAAAUUCGUGUCAUUAUCUACACAAUUAUUUUAUACUGAUAUGCAAGGAGUUUGUGGGAAAAAUUGUAAAGACAGAACUUGGUGUGUUUCAUUCACAUUCAACAAAAACAGACGAGAAUGUCAUCUUUACAACACAAAUUUAAACGAAACAGCGAACUGGAUAAAUGAUACUGGUACCAAGGUUUUUUCUGUGAAAACUGAAGGAAUCAACGUGGCCCACCAGAAACCAACGUUUAGCAGUAGUCUUGUAAAUGGUCGUUCUAGUGACCAGGCAGUAGACGGGGAUAUCACGCCACAAAAUUAUGAUCUGACUACAUUUUGUUAUCAAACCGCCUCCACCGACUUCAAUCCAUGGUUUAUGGUAGAUCUAGGAUAUGUUUAUAUGAUCAAGAUAGUUGUGGUAUAUAAUGCUGAUGACUAUCCUGAAAGACUUCACGAUGUCAACUAUGAAUUAUUCUCAACCGAUCCAUCCAACGAUCCCUCAGCUGUUCCAAAUUGUUGUGCGUCUGUUCCGAAUUUCAACACAGGCAAGAAUAUCAUCAGGUGUAACAAAGGGGUGUCAGGAAGAUUUUUGAAAAUUUCCAUUCAGAAUUCGAGAUUUUUGACACUUUGUGAAGUAGAAGUUCUAGGAAAAAUGUUGAACGACACGUCUUAUUGUGGUGGACAGCAGUUAUAUUCAUGUAAAUUAUUUCCUGGGGGACCAAAUAUUGCUCUGGGCAAACCAACGUCGGAAAGUUCACUUCGGGAAGCUGCUCAUCGUUCGUCUAGAGCUAACGACGGUCUCAAACCGUUAACCUACAAAACCUGUACACAUUCGGCAGCUGGCGACUUUAACCCUUGGUGGCAGAUAGAUUUACAGGAUCUUUAUAAUAUAACCAGUGUAACCAUAGCUAAUAGAGUUGAUGAUAAACAAGUGAUUGGAAAUCGUUUAUCAGACGUGAGUAUCAGGGUUUAUGAAACUACACCAUCCAUGGAUUCUCCAAAUAAUUUAUGUAAGUUUAUACCAGGAGAAUUUGGUUGUAUAAUCAGAACCAUAGAGUGUGACAAGUCAACUAUUGGCCGGUGGAUUCGAAUUUCAAAACCCACAGAAUAUUUAACCCUUUGUGAAGUUGAGGUCACCGGACAUUUAAUAUGAACCACUAAUAUGAACGACGAACAGUUUAUUACGGUUACAUACACAAAACUUGUAAUAAAAUUUUUUAUGGUAACAGCCUUGCCUAAAGCGUUCUCUUUUAGGCUACGUGUUUCGUUUUUUUUUAAAAUACAUUUUCUUUUUUUAAAUUAUGAUUAAAACAGGAUCUAUUGCAGAUGUACCUGGAGUUAAGGCCGGUUGUCGAACUAUUUAAUGUAUUAAGUGUAGUUUUCAGUUGUUGUUUAAAUAAUCCAUAUUUGACUAAUUCUUUUCGUCAUUGGACAUAUUCAUUUAAUCAUUUAAUUAAUACGAGAUAUCAGACGAUAUAAACUACAGACCAGAACUAGACCGGGCUUGGCAGACUCAUGAGAAUUCUUAGAAAGAGACGAGUAACGUUUCCAGCAGUUAGACUCUCUGGCUAGAGUGAGUUGAGUGGAUUGAAAGAAACCGAACGACUUUUUAUUUUUGAGUUACAUCUAGACUUAAUGCUAGUACUUAUAUUUGUAAUAUCAUAGCUGUUGUAAACUUUGUAUCCUGCUUCAUUUAA